GGCAGAGGGAAGAAAAAGCCUCGGCUGGAAAAACUAUUCCCCGAUCAUAAAAUUCACCAACUCAUGACAAAGUGCAAGUAUGAGAUGUCCAACUCCUUUUCGAGACAAGAAUAGCAGUAGCACGAAGCAGAAAUGGCAAAAGUCAUUUUCACGCCGUGGAAACGGCACUCCGAGCUGCUCGCUGUGCGACGCCAAUUCUACCCUUCCCCAGACUACGACGGGGCCGACAUGCGCUCGCAAGCCUGCGCAACUGUGGGCGCCUGGAAGUUACGAGGCAACCUGCCACACCCGGUUGAAGCGACGGCUCUCCUGACCGAUGCGAUUUUGCAUGACGAUGCGCUGAAAAACUCGGUGUUUUCGAUUCGCGCAACCUAUGCUGCUGCUUUUUGUCGAUUCGUAACUGGCCUCGUCGACUCCAAACUCCACGGCCAGCGGAGAACCAUGUUCCAAAGAGCGUUGGAUCUAGGGCUCCCUGCCUCCUUUGUUGAGCUGCGCCACGAAGCCACGCAUCGCGAGUUGCCGUCGCUGACUGUGUUACGGAACUCGACGCUGCGUUCCCUGGAGUGGUUGUGGGAUUACUACUGGGUGAAGACGGAGCAUGGGCCUGCGGCUUUGUCUGCGCCGCUUCGUCUUCGUUCGGUCUCUUCUGGAGCUGGGGCGGAAGCCGAGGGCGUUGAGGAUGGAGAUGAAAGCGACAGUGCUGGGUGUGCGAGUGCAACGGUGUCGGGUUUGCGGGCUUUCUUGGAUCAGGCUGUUCAGGGUGGAGAGGACGUAGAGCCGCCGCGCAAGAAGAGGAAAGUGCGGCAGCAGCAUUUGUCUGCUGUUGGAGCGGAGUUGGUGUCGGUUUGUAAGAGGUCUAGGGGGGCGACUGCGGCGUUGGUUAGGGUUAUGUUGCGGGAUUCGAUCCUGGUUCCUAAGGGACGGAGAUUGGGAGAUUCUAUGGCCGAUGAUCUUGCAAAAUGGGACUCGCUUCUCCAGAUGAUUGCCGAGGGGUAUCCGGGUUUCCUGGUUACUUUGACGGAGAGGAUGAUCGAUGAGUUGGCGUUCACAGGCUCGUCGGAUCCGAAGAGCGAUCCCUACUGCGAAGGUGUCUAUAUAUGGCUGGACCAUAUACUCCGGUCGUCGCAGUGGGGUGCCAGGCGGCAGGUUCUAUCUUAUUCUUACAUUCUGGCUGCUUGCAAGAGUAGCUCGAACCAUUGGACGACUCUCCUUGGGCGAAAUAUCGAUCGACAGGAUGAUGGUCUGCUAGCCGCGAUUUCUGAGAAGAGGACUGCUCUCCCCCAGGCGCCAUCGUCUACGGAUGAAGAUGAGGAUUUGGCGGCAUUAAGUAAAUUCGGAUGGGAAACAGCGGAUGCGUGGGAUAGUCGGCCUUUGGGCGUGGUAUAGCCUACUUUUCUUGUAUACAUAUAUACACACUACUUUAAUGAUAGAUGGUUAUUUUU